GUAUCUCUUUCUCUUUUCUCUCAUAAAAAAGAAUCAAAGGGACGACACAUGAGCAUUUUCAAAAGUCAUCAAGUUUACUUAAACGGUGAUCAUGUUGGAGACGUACCUGCCCCAUCGAACGUAACCAUCGACACCAUUUUACAAGGAAUAACAAACAACGCAUCUGUCAAACCCAUGUUGUACCAACUUUUAUCCAUUCUUCAAGCCGAUCCUCAAACAGCUCAUGUGGACUUGAUGGAUCGAAUGUUUCCAUUGCUGAAUGAUGAGGAUAAAGAAAUCCGUGGGUGUGCUUACGUAAUCAUCGAAAAGACAGCAGCUCAGUUAGACGCCGAUGAUUUGGUGGAACGCAUGAUGGAUCAAUUGAUUUGUAUUUCGUGGGACUUUGAGACGGAAUUAGAGUGUGUAAAAACAGCACGAUUAUCCAGCAUGUACAUGGCCUUGUUUGGUCAAGGUUUAGAACAGAUGAAGCGAGCAAGAGAAUGGAUGUUGUUUCUUCCGUUUCUAGCGAAUUAUGUGACCAAGACAAUGGAUGGUAUCGAAAGCGUGAUGAUUGAGAAGAGUUUAUACGGGGGACAUCAAAGAAAGCGUGAUGGGUGGGAAGAGACUGUAGAUUUGUUUGUGGGGAGUUGUCUUGAUUUGAUUGAAUUUAUUCAUACGCGUACUGUAGUUCCGUCCUAUUCUGAGUUUCCCGUAAGCAAUCAUUUUCUUUCUUAUGUAGAGUGCUCUAAAAAAAAUGAUAUCUAGAUUGAAACAGUGGAUAUAGGUCUGGAAAAUGGAGACACCAAAAGACGUUACUUGGGUUAUUACUUGAUGGAUUUGGUCUAUGAGCGUAUUUUACUGAAUGCGCAUGUAUCGUUUUCCAAGUCUUAUUAUGAAAAGUAUCACAGCAAGUAUAAUAUUCAGCGACCCAACCAAGUGAUUUCUUUAUCGGAUCCGACCUUACUCUCUCUCAUCCAACGCUGUCUCGUAAGUUCUCUGUUUUAAAAGAAAAGAAUAAGAAUGUAUGAGUUCUCAUCCCAGUUUCUAAUAGUUGUUAUCUCAUUCUUUUGGCUUUACAGCUGACAGAAUGAUGUGUGUCUAUGAAUACUUGCAGAAAAAGGAUCACCAUGAAAUUUCAAAAGAAGAUCAAAUAUCGGAUGAUGACCGGCAAAUGAUUAAUUCAAGAAUGUAUCCUCUGAGUCAUCGUGGGAUAGGUGCGGUUAUUUCUUUCUCCGUGUACGACAGCCGACUCUCAAG